UUCCGCUACCCACAGUCUUCUCAGGUGUCCUUAUCAAGUACACGCUGCCUGGCACACAUACAAGAAGACACCUAUGACGAUGAAGACCUUUUUUCUGCUGUGUCUAACAGUGACCAGCAGUUUUGUGAAAUGCCAAGAAGCUGGCUGUGCCAAAGUUUGUCCAGAAGAGUAUAUCCCUGUGUGUGGAAGUGAUUCAAGGACAUAUGGAAAUGCUUGUGAAUUGGAGAUUGCAGAGUGCCUGAUGAAACAGCAAGGGCAGACUCUUUUCAGUCUAGGGCCCGGAGAAUGCUCAAAAUAUACCACACCAAAACCAACCACUACCACCAAGCCAACUACAACCACCCCAGAACCAACCACAACCACUCCAGAACCAACAACCACCCCAGAACCGACUACUACCCCCAAACCAACCACAACUAUAAAAUCCACAACUGUUCCAACUACAUCAACUCCUGAACUUACCACUCCUAAACCCACAACCACGGUAGAACUGACCACACCAGAACCAACAACCACCCCAGAAUUAACUUCCACGAGAAAUCCAGCAAGUACCCAAAAAUCAAUUGCCAGCCAAAAACCAACUGCCACUGCAGCUGUCCUGUCUAAGGCUACAACAACCUCAGCCAAAGUUUCCACUACUGUUAAACCCCCAGUUUCUACACAACAGUUGCCAAGUACAACCAAAAGACAGUGCGUGUAUAAAGGAUGCCCCUCACCCUAUCCAUAUGUUUGUGGCAGUGACUACCACAGCUAUGCAUGUGAAAAUAACCUUGAUUAUUGGAAUUGUUACCGUGGCACCAACGUCACUGUUGUCCACAAAGGUCAGUGUGGCAAGUGCCAACAGGUCAAGUGUCCAGCUGAUGCCAAACCUGUGUGUGCUAGAAAUGGGAAGCAGUACCAAUGUAAAGAGGCCCUUGAUUACUUGAAUUGUUUGUAUGAUACCAGGAUAGGAAUCCUGUAUGAAGGCCAGUGUUGUGAAAACAUAAGACCUUAUUGUUACUACAGCGAUAGUGUGUGUGGUACAGAUGGAAAAACCUACCAAUGUGCUAGUAGUCUUACAUACUGGAACUGCAGAAACAACAACACUGUUCAAGUUGCUCACACUGGGUCAUGCAGGACUUCAGCUACUUCCUUCUCCAAGUGUUCACUGAAUGAAUGUGCUCCCAACAGUACACAAGUGUGUGGAAAUGAUGGAAAACAGUAUGCAUGCAAGGAAAGGCUUGAUUACUUAAACUGUGUUUAUCAGACCAGUAUUAAGGUAGCCAAGUGCUGCACUCACAAGGGCUGUCGUUACAGAGGUGUGCAAUGUGGAACUGAUGGCAAAAACUAUCAGUGUGAAAACAGCAUAGAUUACUGGAACUGUAGGAAUGGCACCAACACCAAGAUAGCCCACUCAGGAUACUGUGAAGUGGCGGGACAGUAUUCCAAGUGUGUCCUUAAAGAAUGUGCAAAUGACAGCAAUCCUGUAUGUGCCAGUGACACUAACAGGAGAUAUGAUUGCAAGGAGUCUCUGGACUACAUGAACUGUGUCAGAAACACAAGUGCAUUGGCAUACAAUUGUUGCCCAACUACAAAAUGCAGAUCAUGGGAAGAUUAUGUCUGUGGAAGUGAUGGAACCACAUAUUCAUGUCAGAAGAGCCUGGAUUACUGGAAUUGUAGGCGUGGUUCCUCAGUGAAGGCAGUCCACACUGGGUAUUGUACUGCCAAACCUGGCCAAUAUGCCAAAUGUGACCUGAAUGAAUGUUCCAGUAAUGAUACUCAGAUUUGUGGAAAUGAUGGAAAGAAAUAUGCUUGUAAGGGAUUUCUUGACUACAUGAACUGCCUCCAUAACAGUACUGUGCUGCCAUGGCAAUGUUGCACACCAGUUCCAUGUAGUUAUAACUCCAGAACUGUGUGUGGGAAUGAUGGGAAAAACUAUAACUGUGAGAAUGACAUUAAAUACUGGAACUGCAGAAAUGGAACAAACAUCACUGCUUUGCAUUAUGGCAGCUGUGUGGCACCCCCAGCAACUUAUGCCAAGUGCCCUGCGAAGCCUUGUCCAGCUGAUAGUAAGCCCAUAUGUGGUAGUAAUGGAAAAAAUUAUGACUGCAAGGAGCACAUGGAAUGGUCAAGUUGCCUCUACAAUGAGUCUGUAAGUGUGGAGUAUGAGGGGACAUGUUGUCCCUCCUUCUCCUGCUCUUCAUCCAGCUCUGCUGUCUGUGGCACUGAUGGACAGACAUACCAAUGUCUUAAUGCUUUGUCUUACUGGAAUUGCCGUAAUGGAACUAGUGUCAAGGUUGCUUAUUAUGAUAAAUGCAACCCUGCAAUCACAGCUAUGGUUGCCAAGGCCUGUGCUGACUAUAAGGCUAACAAUUGCUCAGUUAGCUCCAGCUUUUGUGCCAACAAUGGGCAUACAUACAAUGGAUGUUCUCUUGUUCGAGCUCAGUGUAGCAAAGCUAAUGGCUACCCUAAAGUGAAGUAUGCUGGAUCUUGCAGCUGGAUUGAUUCUAUCUUUGGGUAACUGGACUACCCAGGUCCUAUAUAUACACAGCAGCAUAUGAUGGAUUCUUAAAUUGAAUUAACAAAUGCAAACACAUAUUUAAAAAUCAAUGAUAUUGUGCAAAAUGUUACAUCUGAAAUAAAAGAAAAUGCUGGUUUCA